GGAGAGCGAGAGGCAGCGAGCGGUGCUUGAUUCUGCUGCCGCCGCUCGCGAGCGAGCCAGCCAGCAGAGCGACCCUCGUCACCCAUCGGCCGCUCGCCGACCAGCAGCAGCAGCCUUUCAGACCAAAAGCGGCGCAAACCCACAAUCGAAAACUGCAGCCGCCCUGCCGCGCGAGUCGAGAGAAGGCAGCUUUCAGAGGGUGUGAUGCUUAUCUCUGCUGGCCGAACCACUCGCAAAAAUUAGCGGCUCAAACGACGACAUAUGUCCGCAAGCCGCGGUGUCGUCCACCUCCGCCUCCGCCGCCAACACCCUCACCACCACCAAAACAAACACCAUCUUAGCCAGUUCCCCCGUGUCCCCGACCGGCCCGAAACGCGACAUCAUUUUCGGGAACACCUUCCUGCACUCAUACAGUUACCAGCACCACCUACUCGCGCCCCGCUACAACCCGGCCGCUGUGUCCACGGAGGCGUCGGACGGUGCGCGUGGCCUCGCCCGAGUCGGUAGUACGCGGAGACGCAACUCGCAGCGCCGCGGCCUUCUGCGCAGACAAAGGUCGGUGGCGUUUCGUGCUGGCACCGUCAGCGGGUCUGCGGUUGCGACCGCCUCCUCCGCCGCCGCGCCUGCUGCCUCGGCCGCCGAUCAUGAGAUGGGGUUGCCCUCACCUCGCCUCCACCACUACAGAACUAUGACGGCGAUAUGCUUCGUGUGCAACCUGCCAAUUUUGAGCCACCAGGUGGGCCUGGUGUGGCAAGGAGGCAAUGGCUGGGACGACCUGAUGCGCGAGCAGGUCGAGGAGAGCACCCUGCGCCAGCGGCUCGGCCGCAGGGACUCGGCUGCUCAGAUCACCAGCAUUUCGCCGCCCACCGAGACCAGGGAGACGUCGCCACCUGUUUGCAGAAGGCGAAGGUCAUCCUUGGCGCAGCUAACGGACAUCCUGCGCGAGUGGGGAAGCGGAGUGGGCGUGGGCCUGGGCAAGAGCGACAUCAGCACCGGGUCGACGCGGCGGCGUAGCACUAAGGAGCUGUCGCGGCGCGACACGCUGGCCGACCUGGCGCGCAGUCUGCCCUGGGGCAGGUCGACCGACUCGUCAUCGACGUCGGCGUCGACCAAGAUGCGCAAGCGGCGAGAGUCGACCAUCGACUCGAGCAAGGGUUCGUCGGGACGCAACCGGCGCGCCUCGACCAGCAGCGGCGCCGACCUGCGCUCCGACAUCGCCCGCUUCUGGGGCCGCCGGGACUCGUCGCGGCGCCGCCACCAGCGCCAGUCGCGCCAGUCGGAGCCGCCGCCCGAGCAGCGCCGCGGUUCCGAGGAGUCGACUUCGGACGGACGCAGCCGGAAGGACUCGGUGCCGCAGCUACGCAGCAGUAGGAGGGGCUCCAGGGUCAGCGCAGCCACCUCGCCCGACCCCAGCAGCGGCGGCGGCAAGUACCACAGUCCAUUGUCGAGCGACUGCCGAGAGGGUCAGCGGCCGUCCACGUCUUCGACGGCGUCGGACAGCGCCCCCGGGGGUCUGGGGCCGGCAAAGCCGACCGUGGACCAGUCGUCAUCGAGCAGCGACAACGCGGCGACGGGGGUAGUGUCGCACCAGCAGCCUCCGCAGCCGCUGCACGUGCCGUUCAGCGGGCCGGCGCUGUUCGUGCAGCAGCCGUCGACGACCACGGGACCCGGGCUGACGGUGCCGGGACCGCUGCCCAUCCUGCCGACGACUGUGGUCACGCAAGCCACCACCCCGCCGCCUACUUCGCCCGUCAACACCACAACCACCACCACCACCGGCACAGCCACUUCCACUGAUACACCACACCUCGCUACCAGAAAAGACUCAACCACGCAGAUUUACUACAAAGGCAGACGCGACUCGAGGACGCAGAUCUCUCCAGAGGGCCGCGGCGGCACCAGCAAAGAGGCCUCCCCUAAAUUCCCACGUCUUCCGCGCCAGUCGACCGCCAUCGACGACUCGCUGCCAGUGAGCUACGCGCGGCGCGGUUCGCAGCCGUCGCUGUCGCCAGAGCAGAGCGACGAGAGCGGCCGCAAGGCCCGCCGCGAUUCGCUCAGUCCCGACUCGGCGGCAAAGGACGGCUUUGGCCUCAAGGGCCGCCGGGACUCGAAGUCGCACCUGUCUCCGGAGCGGCGCAAGCGGCGGGACUCCAAGUCGCAUCUCUCGCCCGAACGCAGGGGCAGGAGGGACUCACGCACGCACCUGUCACCGGAGCGGAGCGGCGGCAGCGAUAGGGAUGCGUCACCGCGCAGGCGCCUCAGACGCCAAUCCACCAGCACCACCGGAGGAGAAACUAGACGCAACUCCAGAGCUCCGAGGUCACCCGACUCGAGCUCGACGUGUUCGUCGCGCGAUCCAUCGCCGAAAGCUCCCCCAAUCAGGCGUCAAUCGACCACGGAGGAAAUCCUGAUCGCCCGCGGCUUCAGGCGCCAGAGCACCACCGAGGAAAUGAUCCGUUGCCGGAAUUUUCGCCGCCAGUCAAGCCAGUCGGAUGAAUUCACGCGCAGCAGAGGCCGUCGAGAUUCAUGCGCCCAAAUCAUAGAUGGCACCCUCGCCACCAUGACCGUCGAGACAACCAGCACUUUUUUCGAUUCGAGCACACAAACUGAGCCGUCGCCGCUGUACGACAACAACCACUACCACGAGGAAUGUUUGCGGUGCAACUCGUGCGGCCUGAACCUGACCGGACCUAAUCAGAAGCGCGCCAGGCGUUUCAAGAACCAGAUUUUGUGCGACCUGCACUUCGCUGACGUCGCCCUAAUGGAGUGCUCCGACUUCAUGCAACAGCUGCGCUCCUUCAAGCCGCAGAGCCUGGGCUGCGCCGUCGCCCGCAGAAAGAGCUCCACCACCCUCAUCUUCCCGCUGCCGCCGCAGGCUUGCUCAGACGAGUUUUGCGAAGAAUUCCCCCACAAUUUGAUCCCAACUCCGGGUUACUGGAUCGAGUGUUCGCGGCAGAAAAUCACGUCAGACACGAUAUGGGACGAGAGCGAGUCGGAACACGAGAUCCACGAGGAGGAGGAGGACGAGGAGGGUGGCGUUCGGACGCGGCAGCGGCCCAUGGACAGCGGCCUCGGGCACUCGGAGGGAUGCGAGAGCUCCAAGCGGCGGGACAGCGCGGACACGUACGGCGGCGGCGGCGACAAGGGCCUCGAGGCCGAGGACUCUGCGGUCGUCGACCUAGACGAGGAGUCGCCGCACAAGAAGACGGCCAUCGAGGACCAGUGGGAGAAGAACCAGUGUUUCGAGCUCACCUCGGUCGAGCAGGAGACCUACGAGAAGUACUUUUACGGUUCUGAGCACUGGAACUACUUCACCAACGACGAGGACCUGGGACCAGUCAUCCUCAGCAUCAAGCAGGAAACACUCAACGGAAGGGACCAAUUUAGAAUUCUGGUGCGAGCCAUCAGCUACACGGUGCACGGUUUGAUACCAGCAUCGUGCGUCUUCGCCGACCGCUACAACCGAGAGGAAGUGGUCCGCUCGCUCGGCAAGGAGGUCAACCUCAACCCGCCGCUCACCCUCGGACAACUGCCCGACACCCCCGAAGAACUGCUCAAAUUAGAUCAGGUUUUCAUCAAAUCCGAACUGAAAGUGGGUGUCAUCUACGUGAAGGAGGGCCAGUACACGGAGGAGGAGAUCCUUGAUAACAAUGACAACACGCCGCUGUUCGAAGAGUUCCUCCAAAUCCUUGGCGAUAGAGUCCGUCUGAAAGGCUUUGACAAGUACAAGGGUGGACUAGACACGGUGCACGACUUGACUGGCCUCUAUUCGGUCUACACCAACUGGCGGAGCAUCGAAAUCAUGUUCCACGUGUCCACCCAGCUGCCUUAUGAAAAACACGAUCCGCAAAAGCUUCAAAGAAAGCGGCACAUCGGCAACGACAUCGUGUGCGUGGUGUUCCUGGAAGCGGACAACACCAACUUUUCUCCGGCGUGCAUCAAGAGCCACUUCCUGCACACGUUCAUCCUGGUGCGGACGAGUCCCCGGAUCAAGCGGCGGCCCACCAGAUACGAGGUGUCGGUGGUCACGAGGGACGAGGUUGGCGCCUACAAGCCGUACCUGUGGGAGCAGAGCGUCUUCGACAAGGGGCCCAUGUUCCGAGAGUGGCUGCUCACCAAAAUCGUAAACGGCGAGCGCGCCUCCUACUCGGCGCCCAAGUUCGCGCGCAUGCAGGAGAGGACUAGGAGCCAGAUGCUCGAGGACAUCGUGGCCAACCUGCAGAACCACGCCGAAACCGGCCAAAUUCCUAAACCGUACCGACGAGGCUCAUGGCGUCCGAUCGGUCACAUGCGACCGUCGAGUCCACUGCUGGACUCGGUGCGAGACCAAUUCGAAGACUACGACCAACUGGCUAAAGACUUUACUCGCUUCUUUUUAAACACCGAGCCAAACAAUAACGCCAUGAUGUUCGACGUCUCCUUCCUGGUCGGCCAGAGCAAGCAGAAAGUGCGGUUCAUCGGCGUCAGAGCCAUCCUAGGAGUUCGCAGCAGGGUGUUUCAAGAAAUCCUCUACGGAAUUUCAACGGGGUUCGGCUCCCCUCAGGUGCCGGUAGCUGAAAUCCUCGCCAGAGCCGUUCCUUCCCUCCAUAGCCCACAGAAACCCAAAAGUAGCAACUUCCUUCAAGUGCCUGACAUAGAAACCCCUAGGCCAAAAAGUGUGCCAAAUUCACCGAUGGUAAAGCGUGCCUUUUCGCGGCUGGGGACCCUGACAGCAGGUUGGGGGCGCAGCAUCCGCAAGCAACACAGCAGCAGUUCCUCCUCCAGCCAGCAGGGCACAUCUGCGGGCGGUGCGGCGGCCAACCUUUCCGUCGAGGACCGCAAGAAGUGGAGUAGCUCGCAGGACUGCUCAAACAAAGACGGCAAGGACCACAGUAAGGGCAAGGAUGGAGUCCCACAAAUAGCAGUGCCUCGUCUCUCCGUGUGUGCCGACGCACAAAAAGUCGACCGCGCGAAACUAGCACAAACCGAGUUUUCGGUCAUUGAGUUCGACCCAGACACCUUCCGCACCCUGCUCGACUACUUGCACACGGGUUCGUGCCCUUUGACCUGUGCCAACAUUCCCGGCCUCAUCUGCGCCGCCGAACACUACGACCUGCCCGAGUUGCUGCAAGCUUGCUUCCACCACGCGAAGCAAUUUCUGCGGAUCGAAGUCGUUUGCACGAUGCUUUGUUCGUUGGAGAACUACUACUGGAGAUACACGUCCGCCUCUGAGCUGGUCAACAUGAUCCUCGCUUUCGUCGAAACAAAAGCACUUCAGCUCUUUCAAAGCCCCGACUUCCUCAACUUGUCCGAGUCGAUGGUGCAGAUGAUCAUGUGCCGCAACCUGGAGGUGCCUGAGGUACGCAAGUUCGAGGCCAUGCUCAUGUGGGCCAAGCACAGGAUCAAGACCAAGACUAGCUCUAAGGUGGACGCUAAACUCGAGUUCAAGUGCACAAUGGAACGGCUCGCUAGAGAUUUGAAACUCUACCGAAUAUCCCCACAGGAACUCAUAAAGAUUGUUUUGCCGAGUAAGGCGAUCAAGAACGAGCGGAUCCUGGAGACGCUGAUGUUCCAGGCCAACUCGGGAAUGUACCGCAUCCAGGAGAGCUACCUUGAAGCGUGCCAGCAGCGCCUUCAGAAGCAGGACUCGCGCUUCAGCGAGUGGGAGUCGUUCGACUACGGCUUAUGAGUCGACACAUCUCGUCGCAUCACGUGUCUAAUAAUACUGUUUGUGUGUACGCAUUACGGCGGCGGACGUCUCUCCGGCAGGUCCGCCUCUUUUCAGGGAGCACGCGGCGCUUGAAAGUGGAUGUCACGGAAACCGACCCCCAGCAAUCGAUAAACUAGCAAAGUGACGGCUGACACAAGCAGGGAGAGCGAAAAGUAAUUUUGUCGUCUGAUUUGAUGGGAAUAUCGUUGCGAUGCCGCAAAUGUCGUACCCUUGUUUUAGAUCUCAAACGUCGUGGAAGGUUUGUUGUUAAAUGGAAUUUUUGUAUCGGAAUUGGAAUGUAGGGAGCAAAGCCAAAAAAGAAAGAAAUUUAUUUUAAAUGCAGCAUCUUAACGGGGAAAGUGGUAAAAAAUUUUAAAUAUAAUAUUUACAGACAUUUAAAGUAUUUUCCUUUACAUUUUUAAAAAUUAAAUAUUGUGGUGAGGUCGAGAACAUCUAAUGUGUUUCAUGGAACAUUGUAACUAUUCAAAUUAGAUUAAAAGAGUAGAUUGAGCUCCCUGCGAGUGGCACUCGUCGCUUCCCGAGACCGAGGUACCAAGAAAUAACUCACUGAUCAUUGAGAGUACGUGUCGGGGCGCGUUAUUUUUUAUUCUAAAUAACUCAGAUCGCGGCGCUCGCGGAUCGCAUUACUGAUGUCAGUGGUUCAAUGGCUGUGCUAUGGUUACUGUUGUGUUAGCCCCCGUUGAUAAUCUCCAUGACAGGCCACGCGCGUACCGUGUAAUGAUGCAUGAGGCAAAAUUUGUAAUAAAACUGUCCCGAAAUUCUCUGUAAUCUCCCUAAUAUCGUUUGCCCACUCGAGCACUUAUCGCAGCCGCAGUGGGGGAAGGAAAUUUCCUCGCUGGGGUAAACAUACAAGAUAUUUUAUAUUUAGCAACUUCUCUGUCGGCGAGGAAAAGUCCUUUCGACUCUCAUAUAGCGUAUUAUCUAGCGGAUCGGUUUCCUUUUUCUUUUGCGCGAGAUGACGAAUUACCCACAACCACCACCACCACACAGUAUUAGUAAAUAUAUAUAUUUGUUCAAAUAAAAAAGAGGAAGAGCUAACUUUCACGUAGAGAGAGAAAAUAUGGAUGAACUACUUAUAAGAAUUGCUGUUUCUGUGAUACCUCCUCAAGAAAAGGUGUUUGCCUCUUAUGUCAAGUGUUACACUUUGUGUAUGUGUUCGUUGAUUUUCGUUUCCAAGCAUGCAAUAUGGGAGAAUUUUACACACAUAGAAAAUGAUCGUGAGAAAAACAUAUAAUAUGUGCUGCUUUUAUUUUUUCCUUUCCGUGCGCGUAGGAGGCACUUUUUGUGAGAGUAAAAUAUACGAUGGUGCGUGUAAUUAUAUACGGGAAAACUAUUGUUAUGUGGCACACAUGCGUAUAUAUACUAAUUCGGCAUUAUCAUAUAUUAAAAGAGCAGAAAAAUAAAAACACACACACGAUCUCAUUAUGUUUGUCGUUCACGCUAUGUAUUCAAUUAAACAAAAGCAAACAACACAAAUUGAAGAUUGAAAUAUUAUAUGCAAAAUAGGAAGGAAGAGAGAAACAAGGAGUGACAUAAAUGAGAAAACAAUUGUUACUAAAUAUAGCUGUUAAUUGUGAUAGUUGUUUAAAUGUUAAAUUUACUACAAAUGCUAGUCAAGUAAGCAAAUCCUCACCGUGUUGGAAGGGUAACAAAAAUUGAACAAGAGUUAUAAAUUUUGUAAUGGGCCCAUCUACUCACUGUAACACAUACACA